AACCCCACCACCUAGAUGGAGAAUGAAAGAAACGUGACUGAAUUUAUUUUAAUGGGUCUUACACAAAACCCCCAAAUGCAGAAAGUAGUGUUUGUGACAUUUUUGGUUCUGUACAUGAUAACGUUAUCAGGAAAUCUUCUCAUUGUGGUCACCAUUAUCAAUAGCCAUGCCCUAAAUUCCCCCAUGUACUUCUUCCUGAGUCACCUUUCUUUGAUAGAUACAAUUUAUAUGUCUUCUUCGGCUCCUAAGCUGAUCAUGGACUCCCUGCAAGAGAAGAAAGUCAUCUCCUUUAAUGGAUGUAUGGCUCAAGUCUAUGCAGAACACAUUUUUGGUGCUGUUGAGAUCAUCUUGCUGACAGUGAUGGCCUAUGAUCGCUAUGUGGCUAUCUGUAAACCUCUGCACUAUCUGACCAUCAUGAACCACAAGAUGCUAUGCAUGCUCUUGGUGGGAGUAGCUUGGACUGGAGGAUUUCUCCAUGCAACUAUCCAGACCCUCUUCACAGUCUGGCUACCGUUCUGUGGCCCCAACGUCAUAGACCAUUUUAUGUGUGACUUGUACCCUUUGUUGAAACUUGUCUGCAUGGACACUCAUACUCUUGGUGUCUUUGUUGCUGCUAACAGUGGGUUCAUCUGCCUAUUCAACUUCCUCCUCUUGAUGGGAUCCUAUGUGGUCAUCCUGCGUUCCUUAAAGAAUUGCAGCUUAGAGGGGAGGCGCAAAGCCCUCUCUACCUGUGUGUCUCACAUCACAAUAGUCGUCUUAUCCUUUGUACCCUGCAUAUUUAUGUAUCUGCACCCGGUUACCACUCUGACCAUAGAUAAAGCUAUUGCUGUCUUUUAUACUAUGCUGGCUCCUAUGUUAAAUCCUUUAAUCUAUACCCUCAGAAAUGCUGAGGUAAAAAAGGCAACUUUUUUCUGGAGAAAAAAAGUGACUUUAGAUAAUAAUUAA